AUGCCAGAAGACCUGUGGAUACAGUUAGGAGCAGCGUUCCUGCUGUCUUCGAUUUUCCUGUUGAUCUUACAAAGUGAGAGACGAGAUAUUGUCUUCGAGCGCUUCCGCUUGAGGCAGAGGAGGGACUCUGGUUCAAGAACACCACCUCAAUCACUCUCGUCGAAGGAGAAGAGAACAAGAAGUACACCUGUUCCUAACUAUUCAGCCAUCUUCCCGCCAUCUCGACGAUCCACUUUGGCUGAAACAGAAUUGUCUUCCACACCAUUAGAAGUAGUAGCUGCCUCUAGUACGGACUGGACCACGCACAUACUACCCAUGAAGUCGCCCUAUCUCGACGCUAGUGAUGACACGCACACGCCAUGCGAGUUCUCAAUUGCAGAAGUCAAGGCUCUCGGUAAUUUCCCUGACUACGCCACCUUAAGCGGCGUACCUAUGCCUCAGCCAUACCAUAGCUUCGACAUUAAGAAGGCACUCCCUCGACCAUAUAGGCCCGUACGAUGGGCCUACCACCAGACAAUGUCACUUACGAAGAUGGAGCCGGAUUGGUGGCUAGAACUCGAAAACACGUAUGAGGACCGCAUGAAGCAGCGCGCCCAACUCCUGAUCGACCAUGGCGAUGCAGUUCUCCAGGCUCUUCCAGGCUCUGAACUACCGUGUAAAGAGUUGAUGGAGAUGGUUUUGCAGUUCCUCUGUGCCCGCUACCCGCACUACUUCUCUCUGAAUAAUUCCAAGACGGUUUUUCACAACGCCAUCUUGAGGACACAGACGGAUCUCAAGCAGGCAUCACCCCUAAAUGUGAUCUUCCAGAACGUGUCCGAAGACUUUGCCAUCAUGCUCCGAGACGAGAAAACGGGGCUCUACAUUUUCCGCGCCGGCAUAAUCUGCAGCUCCCUGGGGUGGGACGUCGGCUCAAAGAUCGGUAUGCAUCUGCACGAGAUCCACGCUCCGAUCCCAGACUACAAAGAGAAGAUGCAAUACUUCGCCAAGAAACCCACGGACAAGCCUAUUCAGCGCGGCUCCUGGGGUCUCGAGAUUGAUCAACCCCUCUUCAUGCCUCCCGGCGACUCGCACGAAGAAUACCGUGGCAUCCAGCUUCCCGGUCUUGAGCUCUCGCGCUGCCACCUGCGCGUUGACUGGCAGACCUUGCGCCGCCUCCCGCUGUCGGGCGCUGUGGUCUUCAACUUCAAAGCGCUAUUCACACCCGUCAAGGAGUUCAGAGAUGAGCCAUAUGUACCCGGCUUGCUACUUAAGGUGCUCAAUGAGGGGAAGAAGGAGUUGAUGGAGUAUAAAAAUGCGUGGCAUACAGAGCAUGUUGUCAAGCCUGCGCUUGAAGCAUUUCACAAGGAGCAGAUUGAGAAUAGGCUUGUGCAAGAAGACUGGAAGCCACAAACGCUGGAUGAGAGUCCGUGGUUUCCCGGAUGGGCAGAGAAGUGGCACAGCCAGCAGGGAUACUGA